GCGUUUCUGUCUAAAAAAAAUUAAACAGAGUUCAUCAGGAUAUUCUCAACAACUGCUCAAAUACUGAGUGUAGACAUGUCUGCUGCCAGCAACCUGAGAUCUGAAGAUCAGUUUCUGUGCUCCAUCUGUCUGGAUGUGUUCACUGAUCCAGUCUCCACACCAUGUGGACACAACUACUGCAAAAACUGCAUCACGACACACUGGAAUAUUAAUGUCCCGUCCCGGUGUCCAUUGUGUGACAAGGUUUUUAAAACUAGGCCUGACCUAGACAUCAACACUUUAUUCUCUGAGAUGGUUGCUCAGUUCAGACAGGAAGCUCAACAGAAAGCCAGCAGCAGCAGCUCAGAGCAACAAGUUGCCAAACCAGGAGAAGUUUCCUGUGACGUCUGCACUGGAACCAAACUGAAGGCCCUGAAGUCCUGCCUGGUGUGUUUGGUCUCCUACUGUGAGACUCACCUGGAGCCUCAUCUGACAGUGUUAGGCCUGAAAAGACAUCAGCUGAUGGACCCUGUGGAGAACCUGGAAGACAGGAUGUGUACGAAGCACGAUAAACCUCUGGAGCUGUUCUGUAAGACCGACCAGACAUGUGUCUGCAUGCUCUGCUCUGUUUUAGACCACAGGACACAUGAGUUUGUUCCUCUGGAAGAAGAAUAUGAAGGAAAGAAGGCAGAGCUGGAGAAGACAGAGGCUGAAAUUCAGCAGAUGAUCCAGAAGAGACGACUGAAGAUUGAGGAGAUCAAACACUCAGUCAAGAUCAGUAAAGAUGAUGCAGACAGAGAGAAAGCAGAAGGUGUUCAGGUCUUCACUGCUCUGAAGGAGUCUGUUGACAGAGGCCUGAACCAGCUCAUAAAGGAGAUGGAAGAGAAACAGAAAACCACAGAGAAACAGGCUGAAGACUUGAUCACAGAGCUGGAACAGGAAAUCUCUGAGCUGAUGAAGAGAAGCACUGAGGUGGAGCAGCUCUCACUCUCUGAAGACCACCUCCACCUCCUCCAAAACUUCCCAUCCCUGAAAGCUGCUCCACCCACUAAGGACUGGACAGAGGUCAGAGUCCGUCCACCAUCAUAUGAGGGGACUGUGGUGAGAGCUGUGGCUCAGCUGGAGGAGACGCUCAGUAAAGAGAUGAAGAAGCUGUUUGAGGCUGAGCUGAAGAGGGUCCAGCAGUAUGCAGUGGAUGUGACUCUGGAUCCUGAUACAGCACAUCCCAAACUCAUCCUGUCUGAUAAUGAGAAACAAGUGAAACAUGGUGAUGUGAAGAAGAAUCUCCCAGACAACCUAGAGAGAUUUUCUACUUGUGUUUGUGUCUUAGGAAAGCAGAGUUUCUCUUCAGGCAGAUUUUACUUUGAGGUUCAGGUUAAAGGAAAGACUAAAUGGACUUCAGGAGUGGCCAGAGAGUCGAUCAACAGGAAGGGAAACAUCAACCUGAGCCCUCAGAAUGGUUACUGGACAAUAUGUUUGGAAAAUGGAAAUGAGUACGAAGCUCUCGCCGUCCCUCCAGUCCGUCUCUUUCUGAAGUCUGGCCUUGAGAAGGUGGGGGUGUUUGUGGAUUAUGAGGAGGGUCUGGUCUCCUUUUAUGACGUAGAUACUGCAGCUCUCAUCUACUCCUUUACUGGCUGCUCCUUCACUGAGAAACUCUACCCAGUCUUCAGUCCUUGUCUCAAUGAUGGUGUGUCAUCAGCAAAGCAGCCCAACGCCAUCACACCUCCUCCUCCAUGCUUCAUGGGUGUAGACAUGUCUGCUGCCAGCAACCUGAGAUCUGAAGAUCAAUAUCUCUGCUCCAUCUGUUUGCAUGUGCUCACUGAUCCAGUCUCCACACCAUGUGGACACAACUACUGUAAAAACUGCAUCAAUCAACACUGGAAUAUUAAUGUCUCUUGCCAGUGUCCCAUGUGUAAUGAAGUUUUCUACACAAGACCUCAGUUGAAGAUCAACACUUUCAUCUCUGAGAUGGUUGCUCAGUUCAGACAGGAAGCUCAACAGAAAGCCAGCAGCAGCAGCUCAGAGCAACAACUUGCCAAACCAGGAGAAGUUUCCUGUGACGUCUGCACUGGAACCAAACUGAAGGCCCUGAAGUCCUGCCUGGUAUGUUUGGUCUCCUACUGUGAGACUCACCUGGAGCCUCAUCUGACAGUGUCAGUCCUGAAAAGACAUCAGCUGAUGGACCCUGUGGAGAACCUGGAAGACAGGAUGUGUACGAAGCACGAUAAACCUCUGGAGCUGUUCUGUAAGACCGACCAGACAUGUGUCUGCAUGCUCUGCUCUGUUUUAGACCACAGGACACAUUAUGUUGUUCCUCUGAAAGAAGAAUAUGAAGGAAAGAAGGCAGAGCUGGAGAAGACAGAGGCUGAAAUUCAGCAGAUGAUCCAGAAGAGACGACUGAAGAUUGAGAAGAUCAAACACUCAGUCAAGAUCAGUAAAGAUGAUGCAGACAGAGAGAAAGCAGAAGGUGUUCAGGUCUUCACUGCUCUGAAGGAGUCUGUUGACAGAGGCCUGAACCAGCUCAUAAAGGAGAUGGAAGAGAAACAGAAAACCACAGAGAAACAGGCUGAAGACUUGAUCACAGAGCUGGAACAGGAAAUCUCUGAGCUGAUGAAGAGAAGCACUAAAGUGGAGCAGCUCUCACUCUCUGAAGACCACCUCCACCUCCUCCAAAACUUCCCAUCCCUGAAAGCUGCUCCACCCACCAAGGACUGGACAGAGGUCAGAGUCCGUCCACCAUCAUAUGAGGGGACUGUGGUGAGAGCCGUGGCUCAGCUGGAGGAGACGCUCAGUAAAGAGAUGAAGAAGCUGUUUGAGGCUGAGCUGAAGAGGGUCCAGCAGUAUGCAGUGGAUGUGACUCUGGAUCCUGAUACAGCAAAUCCUGAACUCAUCCUGUCUGAUGAUGAGAAACAAGUGAAACAUGGUGAUGUGAGGAAAAAUCUUCCAGACAACCCAGGGAGGUUUUCUAACCGUGUUAAUGCUUUAGGAAAGCAGAGUUUCUCUUCAGGCAGACUAAACUUUGUGGUUCAGGUUAAAGGAAAGACUGACUGGACUUUAGGAGUGGCCAGAGAGUCGAUCAAGAGGAAGGGAGACAUCACACUGAGACCUCAGAAUGGGUACUGGACGAUAUGGUUAAGAAGUGGAAAGGAUUAUAAAGCUCUUGAUGACCCUCCAAUCACUCUCUCUCUGAAGUCUGGUCCUAAGAAGGUGGGGGUGUUUGUGGAUUAUGAGGAGGGUCUGGUCUCCUUUUAUGACGUAGAUGCUGCAGCUCUCAUCUACUCCUUUACUGGCUGCUCCUUCACUGAGAAACUCUACCCAUUCUUCAGUCCCUGUCCUAAUCAUGGUGGUAUAAACUCUGCUCCUCUGAUCAUCUGUCCUGUCAAUCAAACUGUCUGAUCUCUUUGUCAACAAUGAAUAUACACUACAGGCCAAAAGUUUGGAAGCAACUUCAAGUUUCUGUUCACAAUGCCUUUCUUAAAAACCAGUAUGGGUUCCACUGAUUUUGGGAUGUAUUUUCUGCAUGAUCAGACUUUGCUUUCAUUGAUAUACAUUGAUGUUACCAGACCAUUGCUGAAUAAAUGUUAACAAAAGAAAAGAAGGGCUUAGUUUUAGGGUUGAGAGGAUUUGCAAGAGUCACAACUUCAGUGUGAAAGUAAAAAACAAAUCACAGUUUGCAUUAUUCACUUCACGCAGUUUGCUUACAAAAAUCCCAAUAUAUCUCAACUGUGUUCAUAUCUCUGACAAACUACCACCGAAAUGGCUAGAAAGAAACAGCUGAGUAAAGAAACAAGAACACAGAUUUGUACAUUGAGGAAAGAAGGACACACUGAAAGAGAAAUUGCAAAACGCAUAAUGGUGUCCAACAAAGGAGUUCCCUAAAGAGACUAGAAGAAACUGGAAGUUAUGAUGAUAGAAAAAGGUCUGGUAGAAAGAGGGUUACUACAAAGGCAGAGGAUAAACGUAUCAUUAUCACCAGUAAGAGAGAUCGGCGAAAAACAGCACCACAAAUAAGGGAGAAAAUCAACAUGACAAGGUCAAAACCCAUAUAUCUGACAACUGUGAAAAGACGUUUGAGAAAGGCUGGUCUGAAAGGUUGUGUAUCUGCAAAAAAAAAAAAAAAAUGCUACUUUGUCCACAUAACAAGAAAAAGAGAUAUGAGUGGACAAAAGCACACAAAAAUUGGCAAACUGGUGAACGCCUUAAAGCACCAUGCGUAACACCCACAAUAAAGCAUGGAGGUGGUAGUGCCAUGGAAUAGGGAUGUUUUGCAGGUGAUAGAGUAGGAGAUUUGUUUGAAGUAAAGGGUAUUAUGAAGAAGGAACAGUACCACUCCAUCCUCCAGGAUCACGCGGUUCCAUCUGGACUGAGACUUGUGGGUCGAAAGUUUGUUUUGGAGCAAGAUAAUAACCCUAAGCAUUCUUCGAAGCUCUGUUACCUAGACAACAAAGAAGAGGAAGGUGUUCUUUGAAUGAUGGUUUGGCCCCCUCAGUCUCCAGACCUCUCUCCAAUUGAGCUUGUGUGGGACAAAUUGGAUCGAUCAAUCAGAAAAGUGUGUCCCACGAAUCAGCAGUCUCUCAUUGAUGAACUUAAGAAAACUUGGAAUGCAAUUCCUGGCACAUACCUUAAAAAACUUGUGGAAGGAAUACCCUGUAUAUGCCAUGCUGUUGUUAAAGCCAGAGGAGGUUACUUUGAAGAAAGCAAUGUCUAAGCAAGAAAGACCAAAAUACCUGAUAAUUAUAGUAAAAAUGUAUCCUGAUAAGUGACUCUAAAUAAUAAUCAUGUUUAUUUUGCUACAAAAUAUACCAAUGAAACUAUGAUCUUUUUUUGUACAAAUUUGAUCUUGCUUCCAAACUUUUGGCCUGUGGUGUACUUGUCACAUUGAUCUUUUCAUUUAAACCCAAGAUUGAAUAAAAAAUAUACUGUACCUGACAAUGUUUUCAUACUACAAUAGUAGCACAGCUGUCAGUACAGGGAUGCCACCGGAUUAGAAUGAAUAAAAUCAUUCCAAACAAUCACAGACUAAUUAUUUUCUAAAGCCCCCCUCCAAAGAACAUCAAGUAUUUAACCCUGAUUUUUAUAUAAUCCAAGGCAUAUCAAGUGAAAAAAGCAUUAAAUACAGUGCAGAGUAUUUCCGCCUUGGAACUGCAGAGUGCUAAUGACCAGUCUCAAAAACACAGAUUAGACAACCUGGGUUUCAUUCAUCACAUACCUAGGGAACCAAUCCCAUCAACUUGGGGGGCUUUUUUCACCUAAAAAGGGUUUUAUGAAGGAAAACUAUGUUAAACCUAAACCUAAUAGAAUAUUUAACAUAAUUAAAGACAUGUCUAGAAGGGAACCUUCAAUUAAAAGAUUCACUGUCAUUUCUGGUAACUGAUGUACACAGUCAGUGGUAAUGUACAGGGUAACUGUAUUUUCAACUGAAUACAAUUAAUGUGGCUAUGUCUUUAAGGUUUGUUAUGUCUUUAUUUAACUUAUGUUGUAUUUUUACCUUUAACUUGUCUUUUCAGUCCUUCAGUGUCCCCACAUUAUUAGGGUGUUAUUAUUAUCAGGGUUUAACAGAUUUUUUAAACAAAUGUCUUGUAAUCUAAUAACUGCAACAGCUAUAGUAUCUGCAAUGAUUCUCUAAAAUCAUGACAAAGUUGAAUAUUAUUAAUAUUAAUAUUAUUUUUGAGACAAAUCAAAGAGAGAAGAUCAUGAAUGAACAAGAACUCUGUAAUCUGUGUUUGUCACAUUAAAAACAUUAAAAUGAAAAUUAA